AGUGAGUUUCGCACUUCUAUUUACAGUGCCCGUAUUGACAGUAAUAUCUAUUUAAUGCAGUCGGUGUUCUAGCGAUCGGAACUUUAUGAAAAAUAUAAAAUAGAAGUAUUUUAGAUAGAAGCUACAUCAACGGAUAAAACAUAUUUAGAUACAAACAUAUCAAGUGAUAAUAACACAAUGAGGAAGCGAUGUCAAACUAUAAAUCUCGUUUUAUAUUCUUUGCUAUGGCUAGCAGCUGAAGCAAUUUCAAUUAAUGGAGAAUUGACAGACCGGUCCGAAAAUGAACUCAAAACGCUUUCAAAACGAGACGCUCAUGAUAUUGACAUGUUACAAGAACUAGCCGGUGAGAAAAACGAAGAGAGAAGUUUAAAAGAUCUUGCAAGUCGGAUAUAUGACAUUUAUGGUGAAAAUGAAAGUAAACGUGCUCUGGAAACGGCUGAUGAUAUGGACUUAGAUAAUGUAGAUAAGAAUGAACCGCCUUAUCUCGUUCUAGAAGAAUUAGAUGAAAAUGAGAAACCAGAUUAUUAUAAUGGAAACACGGAAACUUUAGAUGAUGGCGAAGAAAAGCAAAGCGUAGACACAUAUUCCUUAUUUGGUACAUUAGGGAAAAGAUUUAGAGCUCCGAUGGGGUUUAGUGGACGACUUGGAAAAAGGAAAGCUUAUGCUGAUGAUUACGACAAAAGAAUACCUCUUGGCUUUGUCGGUACAUUAGGAAAACGGGCACCAAUGGGAUUCAGAGGUCAGUUAGGAAAACGUGCUCCAAUGGGAUUUAGGGGUCAGCUUGGCAAACGAGCACCUAUGGGGUUCAGAGGUCAACUUGGAAAACGCGCGCCACUUGGAUUCAUAGGUCAACUUGGAAAACGUGCACCUAUGGGUUUUUUUGGAACAUUAGGUAAACGAGAUCCUGUAUUUGUCUUGUCACCAGAAAGGAGGGCACCCAUGGGAUUUAGAGGUCAACUUGGGAAACGUGGAGGCCCCAUGGGAUUCCGGGGUCAACUUGGAAAGAGAGAAGCGUAAAAGACGCUUCGCCAUCAAGACGGUGCAUAUCUGUGUGAAUGUCAUAUUGCAUUCUUGUGAACCUGUGUGAACGUGAUAUCAUUGUUAAAACUUUUGCAGUAUUUCGGCGACUGAUUGAUAUCAAUUUGGCAGCUUUUCUAUAACACCGACAUACAGACAGAAUUCGAUAGUUCUAAGUGAUUCAAGCCAUUUACACAUUUCCAAAUGUCACAAAUCACAAGAAGCAACCACAGUCAGGAGAAAGGAACUACAGUUAUUCUUAUGAAAAAGACCAAGUAAUCCGAGCUUCGACAAUAUGUUUCUCUUUGAUUAUAUGGUCUGUGGUAAAAACUGUGCAUCAUAAACACCGACGACUAUUCAAUUUUAGCGAUGCUGACUCUAUUCAAAACUUCGUCAUUUUGUACACUGAUAUGGAGCAAUCGAUCAAAAUAGAAGCAACAGCUGACUUUAACUUUUGCUUGGACUUUCAGUUUGAUUUAUAUAUGUUUUAUGCUCACCCAAUUCUGGACUUAGCAAAAUCUGUUUUAAUUGGAACAUUCAGAAAAGGUCUCAGAUACAUGUUUCGUUAAAACAAACCUUUUUAAAGAAUUAUAAUCCUUAGUUAAUAUCUUUUGCGAUAUACUAAGGCAUGUACCGCAUGCAAAUAUUGGAUGUUCUGUAUGAAUGAUUGUAUACAUGAUGACGCAUUUUCACUCGUUCAUUGAUGGCCUACAUUUUUACCAUGCAGCGAUUUGAUAUAGAAACACUGUAACAAUUAGUCUCUUCUUUGGAAAUAUUUACAUGUCAAGGGAUAUAUCUGUGAAAAGUUUUGACAAAUAUUGAUACACCAAGCGAUUAGUAGAUACUUCCUUUCCAACAAGGUCAUGGCCUUUUACUUAAGUAGUUAAGACGUAAUUCUUAAUUGUAACAGUUUAUACUUUACAAAGAGUUCGAUUAAAAAAGAAAUUUAUAUAUUCCGAAAACAGGCCAUUUUCCAGCAUUUCCUGAAUAAAAGACACCAAAAUUCAUUGCCUUACGUUAACAAAAUUUAUAAACACAUAUGUAAUCAAAUACCUGUUAGUAGUUAAUUUAGACUGUAAUGAUAAGAAAGAUCAAAUUUAUUAAAUGCUUAUCAUCCAUUUUAAAAAUUAGGUGCCAGUCAUUUUCUACACUAGUUUCUCCUAAUGACGCAUGUCGAAAUCGCUUGGUAUUUGAUUAUAUAAUUUGUCGUUGAUGAACAUACAAUCUUAUGUUCAAAAUAUAUCACCCGAAGACUAGACACACAAUCAUAUUCUACAACAUUUUAUAAUUAAUAUUUAUGCAUUGUUUUUUUAAUAUGUUCCUGGACAGGUAAUAUUAAGUAAACAAAUUCAGCAUAAAUAUAUUAAACAAAAUGCAUGUAAUAAUUCGGUUAUCAAAAUUAAAGCAUAAAAGCC